UACGUCAUUGUUGCGGAAGUGAAAAGUCUACGUGGGGAAGAAAGGUUGGUUCGACCGCGUUUGAGUCGUUUGGACACCAACGGCGCCCAUGUCCAAUCCAGCUUAACCCCGUACCGCGCCUCCGCUAACACCCCCCCCCACCACCCGCCCCCACCCGCGGGGGCAAAUGGACGCGUUGGGCGCCGGCCGGGGCGUAUAAAUGGGACGCGCAGCCGACAGCCCGUAAUGCUGCGCCGGGUGCGGCAGUCUCUCCGGCAGGUGCUGCUUCUGAUGGCCCGGAGACCGGCUCUGCUCUGCGGGGCUCUGGGGGUCGGCGUGCUGCUCUUGCUGGCCGUCAGGUUCACGUGCAGCCGCGCCAAAGAUGUGGUGGCAGCGGCCCGGCCUCCGGUGCGGUUCUUCUCUGCCGAGGCCCCGGUGGUCGACCUCUACCUGGGUCAACUCGACCAGAUGGAGCGUCUCAGGAGCCUGGCGGAGGUCUCGCUCAUCUUCUUCUAUGCGCCGUGGUGCGCUCACUCCAUGGCUGCCCGGCAGGAGGUGCAGCAGGUGGCGAGGAAACUGGCCAAACAGGUGCAGUUUUUGGCCGUUAACUGCUGGUGGAGUCACGGGAAAUGCAGGAAGCAGAACCGCUUCUAUCAGUACCCUGUCAUCCAUCUGUUUUAUAGGAGGUUUGGCCCUAUAGAGUACAAAGGUCCGCUCGUGGCUCCGUACGUGGAAAGCUUCGUUCUCCGAGUCAUCACGCCGCUCACGUACCUCCCGUCCAGAGCCUCGCUGGAGGAGUUCCUCUCCUGCCACGAGCCGCGAGUGGUGGGCUUCUUCCAGUUCGACUCGUCUCCUCAGCCGCCGGGAUACGUCACGUAUCUGUCCUCUGCACUGCAGGCCCUAAGGAGGGAUUUCCGCGGCGUCGUGCGCUUUGGAGUCGUGACCAACAGGAAGGUGGCCGAGGCCAUCUCGGUGAGGGAAGAUGAAACGGUUUAUCUGUACAGAAGAUUUAACUCCUCUCUGAUUUUCCCCCGAAGGGAGUUCAACUUCACGUCGGACGCCAUCUGCAGCUGGGUGUUUGAACACCGCGAGACCGUCCUCCAGUGGCUGCAGCCUCCGGGGACAAAGUCCCGCCUGCUGGAGCGCGAGCUCACUAAAGGUCCCGCGCUGCUGCUGUUCCUGCCGCACAAUCCGCUCGGGUCCGAACCCGAUCUGGUGCUGCAGCAGGUGGCAGACGUCGCUGUGCGUUACCAUUCCUGCGACAUCAGCAGCCGGGUCAAAGGUCACUGCUGCAGGUCACUUCUCCUGCCGGAGUCCAGCACCAGUGUGUGCGAGGUGUGCCUCAGUGUGUCCCCGUGGAGCGCGGCCGGCCCCUCCGCCCGCUGCACCUUCUCCCCCGCGCCUCACCUCGGGCGCUGCUGCCCGCGCGGACCCCCCGCCGCGUCCGCGGCGACCUCCCCCUCGGCGGGCUGCAGCGGCUUCCUGAGCAGCUACGGCCCGUUUGGGCGACACAGCGCCUGCUGCAGGGCGGUGGCACCUGCGCUCGAUGGGUCACGACCCAGAGAGGAGCCGCACUCGCCCGCCGCUCCCUCCGGCGGGGGCGGGUUCACAGGGCUGCGUUGUCGGACCAACCGGACGCUGAGGUUUUACGCGCUGGACGUUGCUCUGAACCGGCCCCUGGCGGUGCGGCUCGGGGCGGCCGCCGACAGGAGCCCGCCGCUCGACGGGCCCUUUGCCACUAUCGUGGACCUGAAGGACGAGGUCCACUACGUUCUCCGGCGCCGCCCGGCAGCCACGCUCACCGAGUCGCUGGAGGCCUUCAUCAGGAACUUCAGCGCUCCGUACAGCCUGUUACAGAGACACCUGGUGGGAGAAGAGGAAGACGGGAGCGCAGGAGACGGGGAGACCAGGCGCCGCCUCCUCACUGAACUCACCACCUCCUCCUUCCUGCCGGCCGUCAUGGACCUCCAAAAGGAUGUGCUGCUGUUCUACUACACUCAGUGGUGUGGAUUCUGCUCCGUCCUCAACCACGUCCUCAUCCAGCUGGCCAGAUUGUUGCAGGGAAACGGCACCAUCACUGUGGCCAGGGUGAACGUUGCACGUAACGAUCUCCCGUGGGAGUUCAUGGUGGAUCACGUUCCUUCUAUUCUUCUGUUUCCAAAAUACAGAAAACCCGAAAGCGUGAAGUUUCCCGACGACCUGCCCAUCACACUACCCAACCUGCUUCACUUCAUCCUGCAGCACUCCGGCUCCGUGCCGCACGCCGACGAACCGGCGGCGGGCCGGGCAGCCGGCGCCGUCCUCCGCGCCGAGUUCGCGGCGCUCCGGCGAGAGGUGCAGGCGCUGAGUCACGCCCGCCAGCGCCUCUCCCGACAGCUGGCGCAGCUGUGGCGCGACAAUCGCCGGCUGACCUUCGACGCCCUCAGCCUGGAGGCGCAGAACGCGGAGCUGCGCAGGGAGAGGCGGAGCUUGGAGGAGCAGCACCGGGAGAAAAGCCGGCAGCUCGGGGAGGCGGUGGGGCGGCUGCAGGAGCUGGCGGACACCUCGGAAAGCCUGCUGAACGAGAACGCGCUGCUCAGGGUGCUGCUGGUGGCGCUGAAGGAGCGGACGGAGGUCAAAGGGCAGGCGGAGGCGGACAGGAAGGGGGCGGAACGGAAAAGAAGCCACGUGGCCUCCUGACCUUUCAAAAGUCUGCGGGGACACCCGAGAGGGGGAGGCGGGAAAGCAAAGAGACCUGAGGUUUCUCUCACGGACCAGAGCAAACGAGGAGGAAAUGACGGCCGCGAUCAGUACAGAGGAGGUCUAAGGCCGCUGCCGUCAGGGCAGAAGAAGAAGAAGAAGAAGAAGAAGUGGAUGCGCAGCGAGGGGAAGCCGGACUGUUGGUGAGAGACAGAAUGCUCCCCUGCGCUGUCAGGAACGUGGUCUCAUCCACUCAAAGAAAAACACUAGAAAUUCCGUGCCAACUGUGCUUUCCAAAAUGUUCAUUCGGUUGAAGGUUGCAGAGAAGAAUUUAACCUCACAGACUCUGCAGCCCAAUUCUCUGCAUCCCCUGUUAGUUUUGCAUAAGAAAGGUGCUUUUCACACAACCCUGUAGCUCAUUACAUCGGCCUGCAUGGUAAAGUCUGUACAAUCACUAACUCUAUCGAGUCGUACUCGUCACUCAUCUAGUUUCUCUUUUACUUGUUUCAAUACAAAUGACGUUUUCCUCACGGCUGUUGGAGUUUGUAACCAUAAUUGAUUUAACUUGUAGCCUUACUGAUCAUCGUCACUAAAACAUCUACUUUUCGUGAUGUUUUCACAUUGAAAGGCUUCUUAUGGAUGGAAUGAUUGCAGAGGGAGAGAAGUUUGAUACAUAGUAGCUUAUUAAAUUUAAAUUUAAAUUAAGAAUUCAAAUAUGAUACUUCAAUGGCUAAUUAAAGUUCAAUCAACAUUUUUGAGGAUGAGCUUCUUUCUCCAGAGCAGUAAGUGGAAAGAUGAGUCCGACCCACACAACGCGAUGCAGGUUUCUUCUUUUUAUACCCAAAAGAGCUUAAUUCUAUUCCAGUAUUCUACUAUGCUAAAAAAUAAUUUUUUAAUUGCCAAAAUAAAAAAAAUCCCACAAUGCAAUAAAGGAGUGACAUUUAUGACACCAUGGCGGGUAGCUUUGUACCGUCAAUGAAGUAUUCUUUUUAACUUACAACAAUUAUCAAUUAAUUGCCCUAGUAUCAUUUUGCAAAUGACUUCUCACAAAUGGUCACAUGAGGUUGCCACGGGUUACCACGGUUCAGCAUCCCUGACUGACAAAGGGGCUCUCAGGAAGUGCGUCUAAUAAUAUACGUACUAAUGUUGAUUCGAAAGGGCAUUAUUUUUUGGACCAUCUGAGUAACGUGUAUGACAUUUAGUUUUUUUGGGGCCGUAUUUUCCCAUAAAUAUUGUUCAGGGGGUAAAACGUGGACGGUCUGAUUCUGGCUCUGCUUGUGGAAUAAGCACCAUGGAAAAGUUCAUUAGCAUGACAUGUAAGCGUGGCGGGAGUAUUGGAAAUAAAGGAUCAAACUGUAUAAAAGCACUACGAUGCUGAUACAAGCUGAGAGGCGAUGGAGGUCUUAAUUAAUUGAUUUGCGGUGGAAAGACUACAGGUCAGUGAUGUAGGGAGAAAGGGCUACUGAUGAAGAGGAGACUUAUUUAAUACUGAAGAUGUGGCACCUGCUCACUGACCUGAAGGUGAGCAGGUGCAGAAUAAUUGUCAAUUAAUUUAAAACUUUUUUUUUUUAAGGGAUUUUAUUCUUUUGUUGAACUGAUCUAUUUUUACAGGAAUCCUUGAGUUUCUAAAAUACUAUUUCUUUGUAACUCUUCAGGUAUUGAAAAUGAGAUGCUGCAAUUGUUUACAUGUGAAAUAUUGCACCUGUUUUUACUGAUUAAAAAGCUUUCAACUCGA